GGGAUACCGACCUCCGCUGGGUGCGUGUUUGCUUGGCCGUCCGCUUCCUUCCUGUUUUUUUAACUUCGCUCUCUUGCUCGCGCAAGCAAAGCCACCGAGGAGGGAAGGCAGUGGGGAGGUGAGAGAGGCGAAAGGGACGGCGAUGGAGGCUCUGAGGAACCGGCGAUUCCGACCCCGAUGCCGCUAGGCCUGCCGGGAGCAUCUCGCAGGAUCUCGAGGUCUUUAUUCUGAAAGCAGGUCAAGUAUUAUCUCGGGCUCAAGAUUGAGCUUUUUUUUGGCUACUACAAGAUGGUCUUAUGCAAAUGGGAUGAAUUCUUUAAUCUACGCGCUUUCGUUUUAGAACGAAAGAAAAUUGAUGAGUCGUUAUUGUUGUUGUUGCUGGCUACUUGGGACAUUUUGGAACAAUGAUCGACCACCCCUUGCUUCGGGAGGUAGUGAAAAUUUUGUAUACCUCGAAAGAGAUGGACAAACUAGUCAACCUCUGAUAAAGAACAUAUCUAUCUCAGUUCAAAUAACAUGAGCUCUGCAUCGACUCAAUUUGCAUCCCCUAGAAAGAUGGGUAUAUUUGAACCAAACCACCAGAUAGGCAUGUGGGGAGAUACCUUUAAAGCUGACAGCAGUCAAAAUACAGGGGCAUCAUCAAUCGUAGAGGCAGAGAUAAAACUCGACAAUAGGUUAGAAGAUAGUCCUCAUACCAUGCUAGGGCCAUCAAAAAAAUACGACCAAGAAGCAAACAAGCCUACAGAUAAGGUAUUAAGACGUCUUGCACAGAACAGAGAGGCUGCUCGAAAAAGUCGUCUGAGAAAGAAGGCUUAUGUUCAACAAUUAGAAUCGAGCCGUCUAAAACUAGCGCAGAUAGAACAGCAGCUUGACCAGGCUAAGCAGCAGGGUGUCUACAUUGGUGGGAAUUUAGGAGAGUCAACUCUUGGACUAUCAGGAAGUGUCAAUUCAGGUGUUACUGCUUUUGAGAUGGAAUAUGGGCACUGGGUUGAAGAACAAAACCGACAGACUAGUGAACUUAGAGCUGCUUUGCAAGCACAUGUAUCUGAUAUAGAGCUUCGCAUGCUUGUAGAGAGUGCAUUGAGCCACUAUGACAAUCUUUUUCAUAUCAAAGCAAUUGCUGCGAAAUCUGAUGUCUUCUAUCUUAUGUCUGGCAUGUGGAAGACAGCUGCAGAACGAUUUUUUCUUUGGAUUGGGGGUUUUCGGCCUUCAGAACUUUUAAAGGUUCUCUCACCACAGCUUGAUCCUUUGACUGAGCAACAAGUUAUUUCUGUCUGUAACCUGCAACAAUCUUCGCAGCAAGCUGAAGAUGCACUUUCCCAAGGAAUGGAUAAGCUUCAACAAAAUCUUGCUGAGACUCUAACAUCUGAUUCCUCAGGAACCUCUGGUGUUUCGGAUUACAUGGGACAGAUGGUGAAUGCAAUGGGGAAACUGGAGGCUCUUGUAAGCUUCGUAAACCAGGCUGACCACCUUCGGCAGCAAACCUUGCAGCAGAUGUACAAGAUUCUCACAGUCCGCCAAGCAGCACGAGGCCUUCUUGCAUUGGGCGAUUACUUCCAACGCCUUCGUGCCCUUAGCUCCUUGUGGGCUGCCCGACCUCGUGAACCAGCUUAGAAACUUCAGAACCUGUACCUUGCAACAUGCAAUGUCGUCUGUGACCAAGAAGCUGCUAGGGGAACGAGAUGGUAGGAAGGUAGCUGCUAUCAUCCAGAUUCUGGAGUAAUUUUAUCAAUAAAAUAGUCACCCAAAUUGAAAGCAGGGAACUGAAAUGGAGAUAAUCUGUAAAUAUUUAUGACAGCUCCAUGACCUCUGGUUGUGAAGCCGUAUAUGAUGUCGUAUGUUGUAAAUUAUGUUGUAACAAAUUCUAUCUUUCCUUUAAGAACAUCUGUGGAUUUAUCCGGGUUCA